AUGUUCAUUGGAAUUUCCGCAGGUGUGCAAGCUCAACGCUGCAGCUUGAGUCGGGUGGAGCGCCAGGCACAGCUUCCGGUGCAGUCAGGGCGCUGUUGCUACAGGCGGCGAGGCGCUUCUCGAAAACGGGCUCUUCGGCGAUGUACUUCUGGGUCGACGCUUUUCGGGUGCGCGCUCUCGAGCGGGCCUGAGCAGGAGCCGCCACUGACAGCGUCCAUUCACGGUAAGCGGGCGGUGGGCAGUGCAUCCGAGAGCGCGCCAGACGAGCUCACGGAGCUGCGGCGCCUUCACGAACUCUUCUGCAACAUGGUGCGCCGAGACCUCGAGCAGCGCUACGGAAAGGAGGUAGCAGAACAGUGGGCAUCGGUCCCUCCUGAUGAAGAGAUCAACCUCGAUAACCCACGAUUUCAGCGGUUUCUUCAGGAGCUCGUGGAAAACGAGGGCACGCUUUUCGCCAACGAGCCGCUCGCCUCUCCUGAGGACUUGGCGCUUGACCAGCAAGUCGCCGCGUUCCUCGCAGAGCAUGCCGAGAAGCUAGGACUGGAUGGUCCGCCGAAGAAGGCUGCAGAUUUUUUGCCCCCACGAAGCACGCUAAGGCAGGCUCUGCAGCAGUAUCGGCAGCAGCUGGGUCAGACACCGGGUCGGGACCCGACGUUCCGCCGUGCCGACUGGCCUCCGCAGGUGCUCUCUUUUGAAAAGCCGCGCCUUGCUCACGAAGCCUGGAAUGGCUGGAGCUGUCGUUACGAUGUCACCAGCGGUUCACUGAUAGAGCGGAAGUUCUUGCAUCAUGUGCGGCCGUCAUCGUUGCUUCCGGAGGAAGCGGAUCUCGUUCCCUUGGAACUCGAAUCCCCGGAGACUUCGAGCACCGAGCGGGAUUCACGCUACGACUGGUGCAUGCCGUUUGGCACGGUUGUAUUCCCUGACGGCUCAUAUACUGGUGGCGUUCCUGCGGUUCAUGUCGAGUCGGCUGUGGGUCGGCAUUACGUGCCGCCCGCACAUACACCGUUUGAGCUUAAUUUUGGUUUUGUGAUCCCGUCAGAACAGGCCGAGCGAUGUGGUUGCUCGUCUGGCCUUCUUGAUGUAGCUGUUGAGUACCGCGAACGUGCCGCUGUAGCGGUCCGAGUGCGCUGGCUUACGCCCGUCUCCCGAGCGACAGCAUCGACCUCGCAAGGCUGGCGGCAAGCCAGUGAUGCAUUCUCAGCUCGGAUGCUUGGCACAUCGACGCCAUCCACGACGAACGCCGCGGAACAAAAGGCGACAAGCGUUCUUGAACGCAUCCAAUUCCCAUCAGAGGAGGAGUCGGCUUUUUGCAUUUUUCCGCUUUAUCCGCAGAUGCCGUGUUGUUGGCACGCCUCACAAGUAUCUCUAGAACCGAUUGACUCCAGGCCAGUUGCACCGGAGACGCUCUCGCGGUUUGAAGUCGAUUUAGAUCGGAGCAGCUUUGAGGAUCCCGAUCUCACUGGAUCAGACAUACAGCUCUUACGCACGCCACGAUCGAUGAAGCUGAAAGGCCGCAAAGGCCGCCUCGGACGUACAAUCGAAGCAUUGCUCGCGCGUGAGGCAGCCCGAACUGCGCCUUGCACCCAUCGACUUCGGCGCUCUAUUGCACGAUUUGAAACAGUUGAUGGCCUCUACGUCGUGAACGGGGACAGCGUGUGUCUGGUUCCUAAUGUCGAAGAGGGUUUUGUAGCGCGACGCCUGCUGCAUCUGCCGGGUGGCCUCGUUUGUAUGUUCCCCGAGCGCAUUCCUCGCAUGGGUUUCGUAUGGGACUCCGAGCUCUGGUUCUGGGGACCGGCUGUGGAGAAGCAGCUCGAAGAGUCGCAGACAGAUCGAGUGAGCCUGUCGAAAACGUCGUUUCGACGUAUCCUUCGUUCAUACUCUGCGCUAGGUGACUUUGUGGCAGGAUGCGCGACCCUCGGUGCGUAG